CCGAAGACUAAAGCAGGAAGGAGAGUCUACAGCCAAAAUAGCAAUCAAGGCAGCUGCUGAAGGAAAGACGAAGGAAGCUCCUAGAGGCCUUAGCAGAUUGUGCUACCAGGACAAGGUAGCAGCAUGAAUGGCGAAGGCGUGCCGUCUGCGCGGAAGUCGGAGGUGACAUUCUUGGAAGAUGGCCUGAAACACGCCCACCAAAUGAAUCGCCUCCUUAACGUGAAUUUGACCGACAGAGACCAGAUCUGCGAGAUGGCCGUCGAGAUCAUCAAAGAGCUGUCCGAAGUGCCGGAAAUCCCUGAGGAGAUCAGGAAGGGACUGAAAGCACUCCAGGCCAAGCUUGCUCCAAUAGAUGUUUUGCAACCUGCCCUGGGUGCUGGCACUCAACAAUGGGAGGCCGGGUACUCCGAGGAACAUGUUGAGCAGGUGCAAUCUGAUCGGAACUGGUACUACCAGAAGCUCAUGGAGGUCAUUUUUCGAUGCCAAGGGCAAGGAGGAAGCCGAUGGAAGUCAGAGUCAAAGAGCUCUAUGGACUGUCAGUAGAGCACGAAAGAGCAGAAUGUGAUUAUUUUUUGUUUAAAGAGCUGACGUAGGACUUUGAUUUCUGUGCCCAUACUUGAGGAUGUCAUUUUUGUAUUCUUACGCACUCAAACCUGUUUCGUCGAGGAUGAACCUUCCAGCGACAAGCCGAUCGCACUGAAAACAGCGCGGAGUACAAUUAUGGAAAUGCGCGAAAAAGAGAGGGCAGCGCUUGCGGCGGAGUGGCCGUGGGAAAAGCUUCAGGCCUUUUGCGUUGAGCUUCUGGGUGCAUUCAGCUGACACAGCUGAGUCCGGCCAAUGCAACUUCUGAAUUCACUGCAUUUUUGAAGCUUUCUUACCUUUUGAUGAGCUUGGGGGAUG